AUGGGUUUAAUGGUGAGGACUAUUUCCUUUCUAUUUUGGAGCUCUAUAGUUUUUGCCAUUGAAAUUUCUGAUAAUGAAUUGGAAUGGAUUGUACAGAGGGUUCUCAAAGAACAACAACAUGAUCGUAAGGUCGCUGCUUUGGAAAAAGAACUAAAUGUUAUAAAAACUGAAAUGGAGUCCCUUCGAGAAGUUCAAUUUCAGACGCAAACAGAAUUGAAUAUGAUGAAAACAAAAUUGAAAAACACAUUGGAUCAAAUCAAGGAAAGGGAUGAUGAAAAUGCUAAACUAGUGAAAGAAAAUAACUAUUUAUUGAAAAUUGUGGAUGACGUUAAAAGUAUCAAAAAAUAUCGCAAUGGAUCGGAAAACAGUUUUGAAGAUAACCAUCACAUAAAAAGAAUAUCGAAUCCAGGAAUGAUGGUGGGUUCUCCAAUAGCUUUUUCGGGUUAUAUGACAAGUAACAUAGCCAAUCCUCACGACAAUGAAAUUUUCCUGUUUGAUCAUGUCAUCGUUAAUUCUGGAAACGGAUACAACAAACACAAUGGAAUGUUUACAGCACCUGUGAAGGGGAUAUAUGCAUUCUUUGGUACUGUUUUAACCUUUAGUGGAAAGAGUCUGGAGUCGGAAAUUGUUCAAAAUGGCAAUGGUAUUUGUCGCAUAUAUUCUGGAGAUGAUAGUUUCGAUGGCUCAGGCUCCAAUAUGGCCAUAAUUCAGCUUGAAGUAGGCGAUGUGGUUUGGAUGAGGAUCCACGAUAGAUUCCACGAUACAGGUGUUUCAGUUGAUGGUCCGUGGACGACAUUUUCGGGGUUUUUGUUGUAUGAAAUGGAAUGA